AAAUGUCAAACCUUUUCCUAUUUGUGAGUUUGUAAAUUAUCUAGCAACCGAUGAGAUUUUUGCAUGGAAUUAAUGUGUCUCUGGUAGCGUGAACAAGAAUCGUGACCGCUCGUGAACGCCUUUGCCAAGUGUCUGGUGCACCGUGAAACCUGUUCCGACUAUGGAAUCCGACCAGCCGCCGUGUGCCACUCCGGCCGCUAAUCAGUCAGGGAAAAUCAUCUCUCUGUGUUGGAAUGCCGGGGCACUCGCCGCUUCCUACUACGAAAUAGAUCAGCUAGAGCUGUACGCCAUCCAGCAGGCAAUCGAACCACGUCCCCAGUAUGUGCUGCUUCGAGAGCUCGUCCGUCGCUACCAUCCUUUGUUCUACGUCAUCUCCGGUCCAAGCUGUUUUUUGGACGAUGGUCGUGAAAUAUUGGGCAUCCCUGUCGCCCUCUCGAAUCAUGCCGACGCAACGGACUCUGCGGCUCAAAAUACAACAACCGCUACGCAACCCGCCGCCAACGUGAAGAUCGUUGAGUAUUCCACACAAACUCAAGCAACUGCCAGAGCCCGGCUGCUGGCGCUUAAACUUCCCGGCAUGCCACCGGAAGCGGAUGAGAUCGAGUGCCGUACGUUCCUCGAAAGUAUACUACCCUUUGAGCAGGAGCUGCUAGUGCACAGUGUCGGCAAUUUGCUACUGCUUCUCGAUACCGUAGGCGACUCGGUGUCUCCAGCGCAGCUGGUGACAAAGAUCAAUCUCGUCACGCCCAGCACGCAACUCAUCAUCGAUGGGCUAACGUAUGAAGCGCUGCAGAUUUUCGACACCAGUCGCCAUCCGUCCGGGUUCAAGUCUGGCACAGAAUCGCGAGGCUUAUCCGUGUUCAGUUUGUUCAACAAAUGCUCGUCGAAGAAUGGCGAAGAGUGGCUCAGCCGGCUUAUGACGCAGCCGAUACGCGAUCGGAUGGAGCUACAGCGUCGCCACAACACCGUGCAGUGGUUGCUGGAGAAUGUUCGCUACGCGAAUCAGUUCGAUCAGUGUUUAAAGCAUCUGUCCAACGUGGGGCUACUGUACCGGAAGAUCCUGCAAGGAACCGCCCGCAAUACCGAUUGGAAGAUGUUGAAGAAGAAUCUCUACUACAUGUUCACGCUGUGCAAGCUGUGUGGCUUCACAUUGGAGGACGCAAAUACUGCGGGCACGGUCGUCCAGGAGCUGGGCCAGUACACGCGCAAUCCGGGCAACGCGCUCAAACACGUUCUCUACACGAUCGACAAGUGUUUGGAUCUGGAGAAGGGCGAAGAGGAGAACAAGGUGACGAUUCGUGCCGGGCUGGAUCCUGCCGUCGAUCGGCUGCGCGAACAGUACGACGGGUUGCGACAGAUCGUGAUGGAAUCGUCCCGACUAGGGCUGGAAACGAUGCAACUAGACAUGGCAAACAUCUGCGUUACGUAUCUGCCAUCGUACGGGUUCGUGAUCAGUACCCAGAUCGAUGAGCAGUUGCAACGGUCGGGAAUAUUCAACAAUUCCUCGUUCGAUUUAGUGUUCCAGGCGGAGAACACGGCUUACUUUCAGAUUAACCUAUGCAAAGAGUUGAACGACGAGUUCGGACAGCUGAUGGCAACGCUGAUCGAACACGAGCUUGUAGUUCAGACGCGUCUCACGACCUUCGUCGGCACCAAGUUCCCGGAGGUGAUGGGUAUAUUUAAGCAGGCAGGCAAACUGGAUGCUCUGCUGUCGUUUGCCACCGUGGCAAAGAUGCAUCGCUACGUGCGGCCAGUGAUUACCGACGCGAAAGUGUUGCAAAUCCAGGCUGGACGGCAUGUAGUGCUCGAGCACCGAAGAACGUACCGUUCGAACGAUACCAAUGUGGACGCGACGAAUAGAAACCUAGUGAACGUGAUUGCGGCCGAUGCUUCCGUUGGGAAGACGACGUACCUGAAAGAGUUGGCCAUCAUCUGCUAUCUGGCACACGUGGGUUCGUUUGUGCCGGCUGCGUACGCCAAGAUUCCCAUUCUCGAUUCGAUCUACACCCGACUCGAUCAUCCGGAAUCGAUAUUCAGCGGACGGUCCUCGUUCAUGUCGGAACUGUACCAGAUGUCGAGCCUGCUCCAGAAUGCUACCGCCAAAUCGUUGGUCUUAAUCGAUGAGUUUGGCAAGGGCACAAACUAUCUCGAGGGGAAGUCGCUGCUGGUUGGGUCGAUAGAACAUCUGCUCAACCGGGGCGCCAGCGCUCCGAUUACCUUCGUUACAACGAAGUUUACCGGAAUUGGCCAGUUUUUACCCACCGAACAUCGAUACCUUCUGGUGAAGGUACACCGGGAUGCUCGAGGAGACCGUUCUCGCAACGGCACUACCAGUGACACGUUGGACGUGACCUCGAUCGACCCCACCGAUCCAUACGAACAACUGUACGCCACUUACCAGCUGGCGUCUCGUGCCGUUGCCUUUGCCAUCAUGAAAUACCAUCAAACGGGCGGCCAGGCACCGGCCACGGAAAGCGUUCGGCUGCUGAUGGAAUCCACCCCGAUCACGAGGGUACCGGAACGGUGUCUAGAAAUUUCGCAUCACCCGUCACGAGCAGCACAUGCCGACACGGCAUCGAUGACGUUACCGGUGGAGCCUAAUGGAAAUCUUAACGAAAAACGGAACAUUUAAAUUUUUUAGCAUGCCGUUGGUAGUAGCGUGGAUGAUAGAUUUUUGGAAACCAUUCCGUGAAAGGUUCGAAUGUGACCUUUAGCACACGGCCGCACUAACCUGACGACGGACAACUGACAGCGCGCCGAUGCAAAAGGUUGUACGCAAUUGAUCGCAAGUAACGCUUCCCCAGGCGAGCAUGGCCGUCCAGUUGUUGGUGGGCAGCAUGUGUGUAUGUUGGCCACCGUGAAGUAUGGCGUCACACAAUCAAUAUCCCACCCCGAAAUGGCGCACUGAUUCUGUUUGUUUAUAAUUAAUGAUUUAUUGAUUUUCCACGUUCGCGCGCACCACACUGUUGGAUGGGCUGGAUGGAUUGUGGCGGUUGCGUGUGUUGGUGGAAAUAAUAAUUUUCAGCGUAAUGCAGGCCCACCCGUACCAUUUAUGCAAGUGCUUCAAAUAUGCCCAGGAACUGUGCUUUGAUUGAUACUGUUUCCGUUUUUCGCCUGCCUGCCAACGCUUUGUCUGGCAAGGUCACAUUCCGGCUGUGGCGAGGAUGGGCGAGUUGAAAUAUGAAUGUUGUCAUACAUUAACAAAUGAAGUAGAAUAUUAAAAUGUAUAGCUCAAGGUUCGAAAAUAUGUCCGGCUUCAGAUUUGGAAGCUCUCUCAGCUAAAAUAAAAAACCGUUAAGCAUAAAGUAAUGAGUUGUAGAUAGUCCUUUCUUAGUCGAGUCCAACACGA